UCUCAUUUCCGCUCCCAGAACCGGAACCCCUCGGUGGCUGUGUACUACACCAACCGGGCCCUUUGCUAUGUGAAACUCCAGCAGCAUGACAAGGCCCUGGCGGACUGCAAGCACGCCCUGGAGCUGGACAGCCAGUCUGUGAAGGCCCACUUCUUCCUGGGCCAGUGCCACCUGGAGAUGGAGAACUACGACGAAGCCAUUGGCAACCUGCAGAGAGCCUACAACCUGGCGAAGGAACAGCGGCUGAACUUUGGGGACGACAUCCCCAGCGCUCUCAGGAUAGCCAAGAAGAAGCGCUGGAACAGCAUCGAGGAGAAACGCAUCAACCAGGAGAACGAGCUCCACGCCUAUCUCACCAAGCUCAUCCUCGCCGAGAAAGAAAGGUACACGGGCGCAGAUAAAUACUUGUCCGACAUGGAUGAGCUGUUUUCUCAGGUUGAUGAAAAAAGAAAGAAACGUGAAAUUCCCGACUACCUUUGUGGAAAGAUCAGCUUUGAGCUGAUGAGGGAGCCCUGCAUCACCCCUAGUGGGAUCACUUACGACCGCAAAGACAUAGAGGAGCAUCUACAGAGAGUCGGACACUUUGACCCCGUGACCCGAAGCCCUCUGACCCAAGAUCAGCUCAUCCCCAACCUGGCCAUGAAGGAGGUCAUCGACGCCUUUAUCGCGGAGAACGGUUGGGUGGAGGAUUACUGAAGCUGGCGCGGCGGGGAGGAGAAACAACGAAAGAGAAACGAAACAAACCAAUAUGCCCUCCUGGAUUUGCACUUUAUCACAGCCAGCCACGCAAGAGACUGCCUUAACAGAGCGCGGGCCGGCUGUAUACUUCAUGUAACUCUGCCAUUCUUCUGUAUGCCUGCCAGGGCAACAAGAUCCCCUUGCAAAGCAAAAUGCAAUGAAAACCAAGUCACUCGUUCUAAACUCUUCAGUCCUAGGUCUCCCUAGUACUCGCCUGUAUAUGCACACUAACCGUUUCACCAUCUGUGUCCUCGGGACCUGUUUGUUUUUAAGUUUGUUUUUUUUUAUUUAGGAGAUUGUGGAAUUCUGUCUUUUCCUUGCCACCUGAGUACAAGCAUAUAUACCCCUCUUUUAAACGUCCAGGAAUGGGAAGAUGAACCUAGAAACAUAUAAGUCUAUAAAUAUGAAUAAAGUAUAUAAAUAUAAAUAUAUAUUGUGGAGUAGAGUUUCAAAUGCUGGAUUUCGCAGCCCAGGGAGCUGGUAGGUCUGUUGCUGGCGGAAAUGAAUGACUGGAAUCCCAUUACAAGCGAAGUUGAACACUCCUGUAGUUUUCUGGUUGGAAAUUUAGGGGCAUGUUAACAGGUUUUGACUGCGAGUUGAUUUUCACUGGCCUGUUGGCAGAGCACCACACAACCAAGGCUGAGGAAUUCAAGUCGUAUAUUCCUUUACGAGCAGGCUCUCUAAAUGCAAGUCUAGCGUCAUAUAGAGUCUCGUUUUCCCUCUGCAGUGCACAGGCAUCAUUUCUCUUUUUUUUUGGGGGGGGGGGGUUGGACUGUUCCCUUGAUUACCAGAUGGGUAUGCAGGAGACUCUUGUUUAACAAACGCACAGUGACUGAAAUUAAAAGAGGAACCCAGACCAUUAGUAGGAGAUGUCCGUUCACCCAUUGAAUUCUACAUACUUGAGUUAUGUAUGUUCCGAGCAGAGGAGCAGGAGUGAAAAGGUUUGUAUAGCUGCCUGGCUCCGUGGAAAUGUGCUUCUAAAAAAAUAUUUUGCUUGUACGCUGUUUGGCACGUGGGAGAACGGAUAAGAUUUGGUGCACUGAGACGCAUGCCGGCGGUCCCGACACGCUCUUCCUGCGGAGAGCAGAGUACCGAUUUGGAAUCGCUAUCUUUGGCUCUUUUCUUGACCCUGUUUGUGUGGUCCCAGAUUCUGCACCACAGGUUUGGAACGCGUUCCCGGCUCAAUUCUAGACGGCUUUGUGAGACCCGUGUGAAGACAUUUUCGUAUUUUGCAGGAAGCUUAAUCUUCAGAUGCACACCUGCAGGAUUUGGAAGGAAACCCGUCUAUUGAAGGAAAUACUUUGAUGCUGGUAUCGCUGUUGAACGCAGUCUAAUAUCUCCUUCAGAAAAUAUCCACAGGAUUCUGGCCUACAUUGCGCUUUAUGUGGACACCUGUAGUUCGUUUAGUGUAUUUUCACUGCCAGGAGACCCAGAACUACCCUGUUUCAGAGAACAAAGGAAGAUGUUUGCUUCUAAAAGGAUGUUAUUUAUUGAAAUGCCAGCAUUUUCAGUGCUGAAUUGGAAUUGAACUAUAAGCAUGUUUAGUAGAUCUAUUAAAUAUUUCAAAUGGAUUAAUAGUAAAUGUUGGAGUAUAUCUUUAAUUAUAUCCUGUUAUAUUGUUUAAUAAACUUCUAAGGCCUAA